CCCUUUUCCCCCCCCUCCCCAUUGAAGGGAAGGAGGGGGGGGUGCAGGAAGGAAGCCAGCCGGGCUCUCUCCUCUCCAGGCAGCCCCGGGAAGGCGGCCGUUUUUGCACCCGCAGGGCACCGCCUCCAGCCGGCCUCUCGCUCUCUCUUUUUUUCGGCCAUGGCUCGGCCGGAGCUGGCUUGGCUGGCCGGCUUCCUGCGCGAUUUCCCCGGCCUUUUGAGCCCCGCCGAGCCGCCGCCCUGGACCGCUUCCACCACCGCUUUGCUCCGGCCGGACGAAGCGGCGGGCGAAUUGAGCGAACGGGCUCGCGGGUUCCUGGGCAGAAGGGGUGCCCCUCCUCUUCUUGCAGCCUCCUUAAUUCACGCCGCGGUCAGCGGGAUUCUGCAGGGUGACCUCAGUGAUUUUAAAAAACAGAACCAGGAUGAGGCUGGUGAGAGCGAAACCCUGUUGGUAGCCGCUCCUUUGCACCGCCAUUUCUUUAACAAACUCUUGGAGAUCUGUGGCGAAUGGCAGAAAGAGCUUCCCGCCUUGAAGCUGUCCAAACGCUACCUUCAGAUUUCGAUCCACGCAACUCGUAAUACUCGACGGAAGAUGGAAGAUAGACAUGUUUCCCUGCCGGAAUUUAACCAACUCUUUGGCCUGGAGGAUGACGUAGAUCGAGCCUAUUUUGCCGUCUACGAUGGUCAUGGAGGGAUCGAGGCCGCUAAUUAUGCCGCGGCCCAUUUGCACGUCAACUUGGCGCAUCACAAGAAGCUUCUAGAAAGCCCAGCGGAAGCUCUGAGAGAUUCCUUUCAGAAGACGGAUGACAUGUUUCUCUCAAGAGCCAGGAGAGAGAAGCUUCGGAGUGGCACGACAGGGGUGUCUUGUCUCCUGGUUGACGACAAACUACACAUAGCGUGGCUGGGGGACUCACAAGUGAUCCUGGUCCAGCAAGGAAAAGUUAUAACUCUGAUGGAACCUCACAAACCAGAACGAGAGGAUGAACGACAACGCAUAGAAGAUUUGGGAGGCUGCAUAACAUACAUGGACUGUUGGCGUGUAAACGGCACCCUGGCUGUUUCCAGAGCAAUUGGGGAUCUCCUGCAAAAACCUUACAUCUCCGGCUGCGCGGAUGGCGCAUCGUUUGAGCUGAUGGGGACAGAAGAUUACGUCCUCCUCGCCUGUGACGGGUUCUUCGAUGCCAUCCAGCCGGUCGAGGUGGUGGACCAUGUCUUGGAGCACUUGACGCAAAACCACGGAGACGGCCUUCGGACCGCGGAGAAGCUGGUGGCCGCAGCGAAGGAGAGCGGUUCUACCGACAACAUCACCGUCCUGGUGCUCUUUCUACGCCAGCCCAAGGACAUUGUAGCCGACUGUCUCAGAGACCCCAAAGCCAGCCUUACGGAUGAGGGCACACCGGGUUCCUUCUUCAGCUUCUUCAGCUCUGGAGCAAACAACUGAAAGAUCCUUCACCUUAAAAGCAACAUCUGCAACUCUGCCGAAGGCCCAUCGUCCAGAUGUCAAAAGUUUUUUUAAGAUCGGCUCUUCUAGGUCAGAAAUCUAAAAUAUGGCGCUUGGAAUGGAUUUGACAUUGGGGAGAAAAAAAAUCCAUCCAGCUGUUCCUUAGCCCAGGGCCACGCAUGGGGUGGUAUAACAUCAGACUCUACAGCUGGAGAAAGGGUAGGACGCAAGCUCCAAGCUUCUCUUGAAGACCUCAUCGGGAAGUGAAAGGGCAAGGCUUAAAUUUAUUGCCAACUUUGGUUUUCCAUGGGGAAAGGAUGGGAUUUGAGCAGAGAAGGUGUCGGUCAGGCUGAAACGAUAAUAUAGCUCAAGCAUAUCGUUAAAAAAAGAGGGAGGGGGUUUGGUAUGAGCUGGUGGUUGAAGGCCUUGCUUCUUGAGAAGUUCCCAUGUGUCUUUGCAUCUUCUGUUUGGUUUCCCACCUGAGCAAGGGAGGGUUGGACUAGAAGACCUCCGAGGUACCUUCCAGCUCUUCGUUAUUCUGUAGUCUCGGAUCAGAGCCAAAAGUUAUGUUUUCAUCGAGGAGGUGUCAUUGGAAACCGCGUAAAUCGCCUUGGGCUGAAAAGGGGGCUGCGUCGGGGGCGGAUGGGGUCUUUUGGAAAUGAACCACCGAAUAAGGUAUGGCUUGUUUUUCGCAGAGAAAUUCAGUAUUAAGUUCAGGAUUGGGGCGCCCAACCGUCUUGUUCUGCGUGUUGUGUUUGUGCUUUUGUAUACCAAAGAAAAUAUUAGCCAAGAAUGUCAGCUACGAGAUCGGACGUGAUCAUAAUCUACUGCCCCCCCUCUUCCCUUUCCCCAGUUAUUUAAUAUGUCAAACCUGCAUCAAACUCAUAUAUGGUCAUACAGUAUCCAUAAGCUAAACUGAGAUAACCUAAAUUGCAGUUAAAUUGCCAAAUAUGGGGUGUUCUGUGUGUAAUUGUCAUCUCUGUCAUUUUUUUUCUUUAAAAAUUAACUGUUUUAUUACUUCUCUGCUCAAUUGUAUGUUCAGCCUUUUUAAAAAAAAAAAAAAAAUCUCCCAGUGGGUUUAUUUUAAUUAGAUUUUUAGAUAUGUGCACGUUUACUGUUAUUUUAUCACUGGUAUUUUGAAAUGGGCUGCUGUCAGAUGUCAUUCACCUGCUGAUGACGAAAUAGAAUACAGGUAGCUCUCGACUUAACGACCACAAUUGAGCCCAAAAUUCCUGUUGCUAAACGAGACGUUUGGGAAAUGAGUUCUGCCCCGUUUUACGAACCUUUCUUACCGCAGUCGUUAAGCGAACCACUGCGGUUGUUAAGAUAGGAACCCGGUUGUUAAGUGAAUCUGGCUUCCCCACUGACUUUGCUUAUCAGAAAGUCGCAAAAGGGGAUUGCGCGAACCUAUGCGACGGUCAUAAAUAUGAGUCAGUUGCCAAGCUUCUGAAUUUUUGAUCAAACGAUCUUGGGGAUGCUGCCACAGGCAUAAAUGUGAAAAAGUCACUUUUUUCAGUGCCGUCGUAACUUUGGACCGUCACUAAGUGAACUUGUAAGUGGAGGACUACCUGUGUUCUGUUUUAUCUUUGUGGGAGUUUAUUUCAAGACGUUUAAAAAGCUGCUCAAAUCCUCGAGGCCUUUUUAGAAAGGUAUGCCGAGCUCUCUAGAAUUCAGGAAUGCUUUUUCCCCCUGUUAAAACGGUGACUGGAAAUGACUGGAAAUUUUCCAAAACACAAGAGGCUUUGAAUUAAACAAUCCGGUGUUUUCUUUUAA